AUGUCGGCAUACGGCGCGAUCCUCACUCCCAAUCGGACUGCAGGACCUCUUCCAACCACACGCUGGCGACUCCAGCCAACCUCCAAGUACACUCCUGCGCCGGAUGCACACUUGACGAUCCACCACCUCACCCUGGCGACUGCGCGGGCCAUGCCGGGUCUGGUUGAAUACCUGCACAAGGUGUUCGCGGAUGAGCUUGAGCGCGGAUUGACCUAUCCACAGGAAAUCCGCGCAGGCGAGGAGUACGCGCUCGAGACGUUUGAGGCCUACUACUUCGCGGCGGACGUGCUGGUGGCUGUGAUAGGAGAGGGAAGCUCGGGUGAAGAGAUCGUCGACGGCGGAGAGGCCGAGCUUAGUAUCGAAGACGCGGUCAAGGGACGCAGCAUGGAGGAGUGUAUUGCUGGAUGUUACUACGUGAAACCGAACUAUCCUGGCCGGUCCUCUCAUAUCUGCAAUGCUGGGUUCCUUGUCCCCCCCGCACAACGUGGGCGGGGCAUAGGUGCCGUACUCGCGCGUUCCUAUCUGCACUACGCACCAAGGCUUGGCUUCGAGGCGAGCGUGUUCAACCUCGUCUACGUCAACAACGCUGCGAGUGUCCGGCUCUGGGAGGCCCUCGGCUUCACGAAGGCGGGGCUCAUUCCGCGUGCGGGACGACUGAAGAAGGCAGACGGAAGCGAGGGUGAGGAGUUCGUUGAUGCGUACGUCUUUUACCGUAGGUUCGACCAAUGA